CGUAUGGGUAUUGUUAUGACUGUGAAACGGGAUACUACAUGAGUGGCACAUGUAAGAGAUGCCCUGAAAAUUGUCAGUCUUGUUCCUCAGUAAACAAAUGUGAAAUAUGUGACGUUGGAUAUUAUAUAGACUCCCCAUUCUCAUGUAUUCCAUGCUCCAUUGGCUGUACACAAUGUUUAUCGGUUAAAGAAUGUUUACAAUGCAAAACUGGGUAUUUCAAAAGCGUUGAUGGAUGCACUAAAUGUACGUCGGCAUGUAAAACGUGUACAUCCGAAUAUAAUUGCAUUACAUGUAAUAAUGGAUUUACAUUAAAUGGUACCUCUUGCAAAAAAUGUCCGAAAGGUUAUUUUGUAUCUAGUAAUGACUGUGUCCCGUGCCUAAAAAAUUGCGCCUCUUGUUCGAUAAUAAAUGAAUGUUCAGAAUGUAAACAAGGAUUUUUUGGAGAAACAACAUGUGAUCAAAGUUGUUCCUCGGGAUGUAAAGACAAUACAUGUGAAAUAAACACUGGUAAAUGUGACUGCAAAGAGAAUUAUGUUGGGGAAAAUUGCGAUCUUUGUAAACCUUCGAAAUAUGGACAAUACUGCCACCUUGACUGUCCAAAAGGAUGUUUAACGUGCAAUUCAGAUAGAGGUUGUAGCUUGUGCAAUACUGGUUACUUCGGGAUAAAAUGCAACUGUUCAGAUGGUUGUCUUGGCAGCACAUGUGACAGAUUAACAGGACAAUGCUUUCAAUGUAAACCGUUUUUUAAAUGGCCUUGUAUGGAGUGUGAAGACGGCAAAUGGGGAAAUAACUGUGAAAGAGAUUGUCCUGAUAAAUGCCUCUCAUGUAUUUCUGAAUCUAACUGCUCAAAAUGUAAGGAUGGAAGCUAUUUCUCAGAUGGGAAAUGUUUGAAAUGUUCCAUCAAUUGUCGAAAUAUAUCUUGUAAUGCAAGGAAUGGUGUUUGUAACUUUGGAUGCAAACAUGCUUAUUGGGGAAAGUUUUGUGAGGAGGAAUGCCACAAGUCUUGCUCAAAUCGCACAUGUAAUAUCGAUAAUGGAGUUUGUAGUCAGAGUUCCAAUGAUAGUUACCAUGAAAAUGACCAAUUGUACGACAAGAAUUGUAGCAGUACAUGCAUUGAUCGACAAUGCGAUUCGAUAACGGGAAGAUGUAAUUUAGGAUGCAAUCAUGGAUACUAUGGGGACACAUGCAAGAAACAGUGCAGCAGUAAUUGUCAUAACUUAACAUGCAAUAGAGAAACAGGCUUAUGCCCUAUUGAUCAAGUGGACGUAAUGUCUUCAACCUUACAUCAGCGAUUUGGUUCAGUUCUUUUCACUGUAUCGCUUGUGUGUCUGAUCAUUGCUAUUUUCAUAACAGUCAUAUCAACUGUACAAAGUUUUAAAAAUAAACCAAACCGUCGUGCAGUAGAAGGUUUAGGGAAUUCAGUUACUUAUACAGGAGUCAGAAAUUCUGUAGAAAUACUGUCUUGUAAAGGUACAGUAACGAUUUGUUAUUCUGCGUAUUGUUUUAUUUAUUCGCUUUAAUUUGUGUUUUGAUUUUUUGAAAAGUUUUGUUGUAGGUAUUAAAUAGUUUGUUAGACAAAAUGUAUUGGUGCGUUCUCGUAUGUUGAAGUUAUAUUUGGAUAAAACGUCAAGUGAUUUCACUUACAUUCCGAGUACAAUAUUACUCAACUUUAUGAAAAUGUGAC